UUCAUAAUUUCAUACACUCUCCCCAGCCCCCCUACCACCACCACACUUUUAAUAUCAAUUCCAAACAAAUCUUCCAUUCAUUUUCCCUCUUUAACACGCACACUCACAACCCCCCCUCUCUCUCUCUCUCUCUCCACUGGUUUCUCCGGCUAAACCAAUGCCACCAUACCUUUAAUCUCUCUCUCUCUCUCUCUGUCUAUAUAUAUAUAUAUAUAUAUAUAUAAAAUGUCGGUGUACGACGCGGCGUUUGUGAACACAGAGCUGUCGAAGCCAACGUCAAUCUUCGGGCUCCGACUCUGGGUGGUGAUUGGUAUAUUCGUGGGCUCGCUUAUCGUGCUGGCACUGUUCCUCCUCUCACUCUGCUUCACCUCUCGCCGCAACCGCCACCCCAAGCACACCAAACGCACCGCCACCCCACCCAUCUCCAAAGAAAUCCAGGAAAUCGUGCCUGCGCCGCAUGCGGAGAUCCAAAUCGAGAUCGGGAAGCUGGAGCACCGCGUGGUGACGGUGUCGGAUCGGUACUCGAGCGGGGAGAGCAAGGGGACGGCGGCGCUCGAGACGGGCCCGGUGGGGAGCGGGAACGUGGCGGUGGGGCCGGAGGUGUCGCACCUGGGUUGGGGCCGGUGGUACACUCUCAGGGAGCUGGAGGCCGCCACCAAUGGGCUGUGCGAAGAGAAUGUGAUCGGCGAAGGUGGGUAUGGGAUUGUGUAUAGUGGGCUCUUGCCUGAUGGCACCAGAGUCGCCGUCAAAAACCUCUUGAACAACAGGGGUCAAGCUGAGAAGGAAUUUAAAGUGGAGGUCGAAACAAUUGGGCGUGUGCGGCACAAGAAUCUCGUCAGGUUGCUUGGAUAUUGUGUUGAGGGUGCAUACAGGAUGCUUGUGUAUGAGUAUGUUGACAAUGGCAAUCUGGACCAAUGGCUUCAGGGUGAUGUUGGUAAUGUCAGCCCUUUAACAUGGGAUAUUCGUAUGAACAUUAUAUUGGGAACAGCAAAAGGAUUGGCCUAUCUUCACGAGGGUCUCGAACCAAAGGUCGUUCAUCGAGAUGUAAAAUCUAGCAACAUACUACUUGAUCGUCAAUGGAAUGCUAAGGUAUCUGAUUUUGGGCUUGCUAAGCUCCUGUGUUCUGAGAUGAGUUAUGUGACAACUCGUGUGAUGGGAACAUUUGGUUAUGUUGCACCCGAGUAUGCCUGCACUGGAAUGCUGAAUGAGAAGAGUGAUGUGUACAGCUUUGGGAUACUUAUCAUGGAGAUAAUUUCUGGGAGAAGCCCUGUUGAUUAUAGUCGACCACAAGGAGAGGUGAAUUUGGUGGAUUGGUUAAAAAACAUGGUUGGGAACCGAAAAUCUGAAGAAGUAGUUGACCCCAAGCUGCCUGAGAUGCCAGCUUCAAAGGCACUUAAACGUGUUCUGUUGGUUGCUCUUCGAUGUGUUGAUCCCGAUGCGACAAAGAGGCCAAAAAUGGGACAUGUGAUCCACAUGCUUGAGGCAGAUGACUUGCUAUUUCGUGAUGAACGCCGGAUUGGAAAAGAUAAUGAACCUGAGAAUCAUUCUGUUUCAAAAUUAGCCGAUAGACAAUUGGGUGGAGAGACUUCUGAGACAAGCGAAGGUAAUAGUGGUAGGAACCAUCAUCAGCUAACUAGAUGGAGAUAACACCAUUUGAUGGUGGUGGCUAACAAUUAAGUUUCUCCAUACCUUUUGAAGCCUCCUUUUUUUUUCUUUUUCCUGCUCAUUUGUUCUCCAAUUUUUCGGCUGUACCUUAAUUCCAAGAAAACAAUAAUAUGCAUAUAUAGUUUAUGCUUAGUUUACAUGUUUUUCUGGCCUGCCUCAAAUCGGAAUGCAUUUGUAUAAUUCAGAGCAUUCUUUCGCCAUUAUUAUAGGAACCAAAAUUCAUUGAUAUUUUUUCUCUGUAAUACAAGAUCCAGUUCGCAAUACAUCAAAUGUGUAAUUUCCCUCA